UUUUUCUAAUUAUUUGUCGGAAAUGCAUAAUAAAGUAAUGAGAAACUUGCAAAAGUUCAAUCUUUUUCAGUGUUCUAUUGGGUUUUAGAGUGAAGCAGGCCUUGGCUUCAAGGAACUUGCGUUUGCUCUGUUCACGAUUCCGUUGCGCGCCGCUGUUGGUUGUUAAUGGACGAGUGCGUUGUUCGGCUGUUUUUAGAAAAGUCGCCAUUGUUGUUCAAUAAAAUACGCUGAAAAAUUACAAUUACCCUUUUUUCGUUUAAGAUUUGUUAAAUAAGAUAUUGUUAACGUAACUAUAAAGGUAGUGGGAAGUUGUGAAAAUAAAAUACAAGUGAGGUAUCUUUGUAAUAAGUGUGUAAAGUGGUGCAAUGUUUGUUAGAUGCGUAUUCGGUCUAUGAGCUGAGCUCCGUAGUACGUUUCGUAAGCUUGUACUCGUCACGUGGGAGUGUACCGUUCAAAAUACAUUUUAGUUACGUGUAAUUAAAAAAAGUGCAAUAAUUGAAGUUUUUACUAUAAAUAAUUUAUAGCAGAGUAUUUCUACAGUUUCCCUACUAUUUAACGUGUUUUUAGGCACAUUGAAUAUAGCUUCAGGAAGUUUCACUUUUAUGUUUUCGUUAUGGAGUUAGCCGGCGACUAGUUCUAAAUUUUUAAAUAGCCACAGCUGUAUUUAUUUAUGGAAUUUAAUUUGAGUUUAUUGAUCAAGUACUCUGACCAACGAGUUUUUUUUGCAGUUGUUAGUGACAUGAAAGACUUUGUUAUUAAAACUGGAUGAAUGGGAUUGCGUACAGCCUCGGUGAGGCGUCCCCAUGUGGCGGUCAUGGCCCCAGCCCUAACAGAAACAGCUCAAACCCAAAACUUUAAUUUACCAUCGAAAGCUCAUUUGGAACCGGCAUCUCCAAUAAACAGUUACGAAAAAAAUAACAAGUACCAGGCUACUACAAAAGAAGCAUAUUAUAAAAGUGAUGAUCAUUUAAGCCCUUUCAAUUUGGAGAGUGAUGAACUGAGUAAUGCAAUUGGUAAUCUUAACACGCUUGUUUUGGCUUCAGAGAAAUUUAUACUGGGUAAGUGUUUGACUGAAAUAAGUGGUGCCUCGGACAACACUUCAAACCAAAAUUCCAAUAUAAUGAGCCUUAGCCCAUCACCUAUGGGCGACCAAGAGAAUAAAAUGGGUCUUCAAAAAACUGGAUUGGAUGUUUCCAGCAUACAUAAAAGUUCUAGUGAUGUAGACCAGUUGUUAAAUAAUUUUGGUUCAGUGUUACCUGAAUCGGAAACGACAGGUGAUUUAGGACAUAAUGUAGAUGACAUUAUGCAGGUGAUUAAAUCUAUAGAGGGCAGUGAAAGGUUAAACAAUACCCCCAAUGAUUUAAACAGUGAAAAUGACGAGGUAUUUCCUAUAGCUGGAACAGAUUUAACGAAUAAUUUAUCUUCAUUCGAAAAAGAACUUUUGGAAGGUGUUGAUAUGAUGAAUAUAACUAUGGAAGAUCAACAGGAUGAACUAGAAACGGUCGAUAGGCAGAAAGAAUCUCAAGCCAAAGAAGUACUAGCUGAUUUACAAAAGAAACAUGCGAAAAUAGAAAGGCGGUUAGACUUUUUAAGAAGACGUGUUUAUAAAUUACAGAGCCGAUUUAUGGGGCAACAUAUCAGUGGUGAGAUAGUAGGAGUUUUUGAGAAUGUUCACAGAACACUAAAAAGGACAAAGGAGACUUACGAGAUUCCAAAACAAGAUUCGCUAGGUGGAACGUUAGUCGGUAACGAGUCUCUAAUAGUAGAAAAACCAAAACCGAUGUCUUAUGGAUCUGCCAAAACGUUGGUGCGGAAGUUAGAGAUGUCUGCAGUUGUACAAGCUAAUACUGCAUCUAGGCAAAAACAUACUUCGAAAUACUUUGGAUCAGGAUCUGUCGAAUUGCCCACAUUCCGUAGCAACGUGUCUGGUAUGCUCACUCUACUACCUUGGCCUGUAGAAGCCAAAUAUGAACUGCAAAAGGUAGCAGGGCAAUUGCAAACGCAACUAGGAUUGGUGCAAGAAGAAGUUGAUUCUGAAGCCACCGAGAGUAGCUCUGGCAGUGAAAGCUGUGAUGAAAUGCAAAGUUACAAUAAUCCUCAUCAGCAGUACCUUAGUAUACAAAAACGGGCCCUUUGGAAAUACUCGACCGAGCGAGCAGCCAUCGCCGCGAGAUGGACGUGGCUGCAGGCGCAGAUAGCGGACCUGGAGUACCGCAUCCGACAGCACACGGACCUCCACAAGCAGAUCCGGUCGAGCAAGGGCUCCAUCCAGCUGGGGGGCACCAGCCCGCCGUCGACGACCGUCCCCUCGUCGCCCACCACCGUCAACGGCUACCGCGGACAGCUCCCCGGCAGCUCGCCGCUGUCCGCGAAGGUGAUGGAUAACCCCGCCGGCAACGGCGCCUUUUCAGAGUACCAGUACCAAUGUUCAAGAACUAGACCUUUAGUGAACUUUAGAAAGAGGAAGUUGCUGCAGAUCUCGGGUCUGCAUGCGGUGUCGAAAAAGGCCGCGAGGCCGAGCACGAUUCGGUGCGGGUGUGUUCCAUUGAGUGUGCCGUGCGCCCUUUGCACCGGACGGACGGAUCCCACCCACCCCAGGGACCCGCCCGACACCCUCAGCAAGUCGGAGAGGGUCGCACUGCUGGAUCCUUGCUUCCAUCCGGUUUUUUCAUUGCCCGAAGAUACUUCUCAAAACAUUCACCUCGAAGCCAUAAUGAAGAUGUCGGAAUGGCAGCAGCGGAGUACAAGAAUGAAAACGUUGAAGAUCCUGUCGAAGCCGGAGAGACUGGAACACAAGUCGUUGGAGCACAGGACGAAGAAGCUGGAACACCGAAAAUACGGACGUCUCUUAAAACCUAGUACCAUGUCUGCCUUAUCUGCAAAAAUCAAGAACAAGAUCCGCGGCAGGAAGGCGGGUAGGCACUCGCUCAACCGGCUGCACAGGAAGCGUCACUCCGCCAAGGACGGCGCCGGCCAGUCGAACUCCCUGUCCGCGGACGGCGCCGACGAGGAGGUGGAGUCCAUCGGCAACAACAGCAACGCCGGCACGAGAUCGUUGGACUCCCCCAGCUCGUCGCCCCUGCUUCAGAUGCAGUCCAUCUCGGGCUACAACCGCAGCAGGAAUCGGAUACAGUCGUACGACAUAGACAACAUCGUCAUACCGUACAGCGUGGCGGCAUCGACGCGUGUGGAGAAGCUCCAGUACAAGGAAAUUUUGACGCCCAAGUGGAGAAUUGCCGAAUCAGAUUUUGAUAACAAAUCUGAUUCAAAGAACAACAACGGGAACGGCAAAGAUUCUAGUCAAGACAGCGAUUUUGAAGACCUCUCGGAAGCGGCUGUGAUCGACCGGCACGAGAGGUGCGAGUACGACGAGAAGAAGAGAUUCCUCAGCUACCUGAAGCUCCCGAUAGGCUACGGCCGCGCCCGCUCCCAGAAACGCACCGACAGCCGCGCCGAGUCCAGCGGCGCCAACACCCCCGAUCCCAUGUCCCCCCACAACAUCGACCAGCAGGAGAACACCAACUCGCCCAUGACGUCGCCGCCCGCCACACCCCUCUCCAUCCAGAUGGAGGACUCGGGUCCCCUACCUUCGAUAGCGGUGAUGAGGAAACGGACCAUCUCCCAGUCCCGCUUCGCCAAGGACAAGGAGCCUAAGGAGGAGACGGUCUGCAACACCCCGGAGGAGGUGGAGGUGACGCCGUACGACAGGCGCACCUUCCCCAUCAACGAGGAGACCUACGAGAAAAUGCUGAAGCACAUGCCGGAGAACCACCAGUUCAAAACCAACAGCAGGGCGCAGGAUUCGUCGGACUGCGAGGGCAACUCGGGUUAUCUGGACAGGAAGAUGGAUUCGCCGGAUAGCGAGUCUACCGAGUCGGCGAUCGGCGAUGGGGACGAGGACCCCAACGAUCCCGAGUGGAUCGACAUGGAGCGGGCCAACAGGGAGCGCUACAAGAGAUAGGAAACGUCUCUUUUUAGUACUGAUUUCUUGAUUUAUUUUAAAAAGUGCUGUUGUACACAUCGAGGAUCUUUAUAAGGAGCUGGAUUUUAAGAUCGGACAAUUUGUAAAAUGUUAACUAUUGUAAUUGUUUAAAGAGUCUGGUCACACGUUUUCGUUGUCUCAGUUAAGCAUAGCUUGGCACACACUUUUAUUCUGUAACGGGAGCUUCGGAUUUUGUAUUGGUUACGUAAAGUCUGUGAUUUUGUAAUUAUUUCUAUAAGCACCGUCAAUACUGUUGUUGCUUUUUGGUAUUGACCGAAUUAGCCAGUUAAAAGCAAAAUACAGAAUUCAAAGCUUGGUUUUUUUUUGUCUGUUGUAUUUUUCCACUUGUAUUAUAUCGAUUACGAUAGGGUACCUCAGUUUUUUUUUUUACUGUUUGUUUAAUAAAGUUUACUUUCACCAUAUGCAGUUAAACGUUUUUGACUUACGAUUUGCCACGGUAACGUACGUUUCACUCGCUCCUCCGGGUCGGCACGGAGUAGUAGAAUAUGUACCGAUUGUAAAUAAAAUUUGCCGAGUAAUCUUUAUCGGGCAUAAAUUGGAAAAGUGUCAGAUUUAAAUAAUCAUUAAUGUGUGUAUUCACAUGUAGCUUAUAAUAGAGAUUUAAAUAAAUAAGAGAUGAUUUAGGUCUACAAAUAUAUAUAUUAUAAAUUUUUUUGUCUUGGAAAAUUAAAAAAAUAUUUUUAAUACUAUUUGAUUAUUUGAAUAAUGAUUUUUGUUUGUUUUGUUUUAAAGGUGUUUACUGUAACUCAGAGCAACGUUUUACUGGGACUAAAAAAAAAAAUAAGAUUAAAUUACAUUUUUUUGUCACUCUAAUCAAAACUCUGACGAUACUAAAAUAAUGGGCUAGAACUGAUAAGAAACUACAGGAGUAUUGUAAACUACUAGAAAUGUAGAAAAAAUCAAACAAAAAAAAAGUUGCACAAUAUUUUGCUGAACUUUUCUUGAAUGUAUCUGAAAUGCAAUGAAAAAAGUUGGAAACAGACACUCAUCUUUAAAAACAAGUUGCGCAAUAUUUUGCUGAAACUUCUUGAACGUGUCUGAAAUGCAAUGAAAAAAGUUGGAAACAAGACACUCAUCUUUAAAAAAAAGUUGUGCAAUAUUUUGCUGAAACUUUUCUUGAAAGUUUAUGAAUUGUAUUGAAAAAAGUUGCAAACAGUCAUCUUUAAAACAGAAUGUCGCACUUUUAUAAAAUUUCUUGUUCAACAAUCAGAGGAGUUGGUUUUAAACGUUAUUUUUAUUUCAGUGAUUAAAAUGUCAAUACGAUUUCGAUAAAUCUGACAUCCGCUAAAAUGGAAAUAUUUUAAAUUAUUCCUGUGGUCGUUUAAUGUGACUUCAUAAAAGUACAACAGUUUGUUGGAUUUGUAACCUUUUUCUUCAUUAAACCAUGUGAAAUAUACAAAAAAAGUUGUUUAUUGCAUUUAAAAAAAAUAGUAAAAGAGAAAAUUUAACCAGUGGUGCCUUGUGAUCAAAAACGUCCAGAUUUUUUAUUUAUUUCAGGAAUUGGCAAUAUCAGAUCUGAAGUGUUCAACAAAUUAUUGCACAACUUUUUUGUAAUUUAUGCCACCCUGUAUCUGUCACUGCAAUCUCUCAUUAAAUAGCUCUAACCUGGAACAUUUCUUAAAUUGCGCAACUUUUUUAUCAUUUGAACUAGGAAUAGUCUACGACGCAGCUGCAAUCUCCCGUUAAAUAGUUCUAACUUGGUACAUUUCUCUUCCUGAUUUCAUGAAGUUUUGGCAAUAUAUUGCGCAAUUUGUUUAUAUUUUAUCCCCGGUUAGUUUUAGCAAAAUAUUGGGCAACUUUUUUGUAAUUUGGGCGACUAAAUAUUUCUAACUACAUUUCUCUUCUUGCUUUCAUAAAGUUUCGGCAAAAUAUUGCGCAAUUUUUUUUAUAAUUUAUCCCGGGUUAAAUAGUUCCAAUUCAGUGCACUUUUAAAUAAAAAAGAUCCUGAUGAAGUUACAACAAAAUAUUGGGCUACUUUUUUGUAAUUGGGGCAACUAUGUACCUCUUAAAAGUCUACGAUGUCUCUGCAAUCUCCCAUUAAAUAGUUCUAACCCAGUAUAUUUCUUAAAUUGCGCAACUUCUUUGUCCUUUGAACUACCGUGUAACGCUAGUAGUCUACGAUGCAGUUCUAACUACGAUUCUAAACUGGUACAUCUCUAAUCUUGAUUUCAUAAAGUAUCAGCAAAAUAUUGCGCAACUUUAUGAUUUUAGUCACCAUGUAUCUCAAAUAGUCUACGACGUCCCAUCAAUUUCCCAUCGAAUAGUUCUGGUAUAUUUCUUAAAAGGGAUCCUAAUUUCUCAUCCUGAUUUCAUGAAGUUUCAGCAAAAUAUUGCGCAAUUUUUUUAUAAUUUAAACCAGCAUGUAUCUACGAUUUCCCUGCAAUUUCUUGUUGAAUCUGGUAUAUUUCUUAAGAGAUCUGAAUUUCAGGGAGUUUCAGCAAAAUAUUGUGCAAUUUUUUUAUACUUUGAGCCACUGUAUCUACGAUGCAGUUGCACACUCUCGUCGUUGUUUUAACCCGGUACAUUUUUCAAUAAAUAGGUCGUGAUUAAGUUUGAGCAAAAUAUUGGCCAACUUUUUUGUAAUUUGGGCCACUAUGUACCUCUAACAGUCUACGAUGUCCCUGUCUCUCGUUAAGUAUUUCUAACCUCUCAAUGAUUUUUCACUGAAAAAGAUCCUGAUUUCAGUAAGUUUCAGCAAAAUAUUGCGCAACUUUUUUGUGAUUUCAUCCACCCUGUAUAUCUAAUGGUGUAAAAAAUCCCUGUAAUCUCCCAUAAAAUAAUAAGGAAGAUCCCAAUUCUAAAAACACCAUGUAUUGUGGUUAAAUUCAGUCAGUUCACUGAUUCUGAAAAAUGUAAUGGAGAUUUAUGUAGACACUUUUAUUUGUGAAAAAGCAGUUUGAUUUAAAAAAAAACUUUUGAGUUGCAUUAAUGUGAUCAUUUGAAUAUUUGUUUUACGUUUAUUAACCGGCAAAGUAAUCGCAUCAUACAAGGUAGGUAGUUAAUUUUUAACCUUAUUAGUAGUGACUUUGUUGAUGCCUUUGAUGACGGUUGACUGCAUAUGGUAUUCCAUUACCUUGACUAGAGUAUGUAUAUAUAAAAUAAGUAGUUAUUAAAGUUUGUACAAAAAGAAAACUUUGCAAAUAAAAUGAAAACUAAGAUUGUUUUUAUUUUCCACCGGUUGCAUUUUAUUUCGCAAAGGUAAAGGCUUGUAAAAAAAAAUGCGCUGUAAAGUGAUAAAAAGCCAUAAAAAAUAUUGACAGGAAAUAUGCUUGCGGCAUUUUUGGCGAUCUGCAGAGCAUGUUUUAAUCAUUUUUAACUUCUAUGAAAAUUGUUGGAAAUUGUACUCUUUAUAAGAGUUAGAAACUGUAUAUGAGAGUGUUAUUAUAUUCAUCGAUUCUGGUUAUAAUUUCAUUCUUCAUCGUUUUACUACAGAGAGAGAGGUUCAUGUAUAAUGUUAACUAGUAUUUGUAAAUUGUAAAUGAUAAAAACUAAUAAAAAAAAGUCUAAUAUUUA